AUGUACUUGAACCUAGCUUUUCGUACCCAUUUUACAAACAUGACGUCAGGACCCUAUAAUUAUUCUUAUAUCUUUAAAUAUAUUAUCAUUGGUGACAUGGGUGUAGGAAAGUCAUGUCUUUUACAUCAAUUUACAGAAAAGAAAUUUAUGGCAGACUGUCCUCAUACUAUUGGUGUUGAGUUUGGAACUAGAAUAAUUGAGGUAGCUGGACAAAAAAUUAAGCUUCAGAUAUGGGAUACAGCAGGACAGGAGAGGUUUAGAGCAGUCACACGCUCUUAUUACAGAGGAGCCGCAGGCGCCCUUAUGGUUUAUGAUAUAACACGAAGGUCUACUUAUAACCAUUUAAGCAGUUGGUUAACAGACACUCGCAAUCUAACUAAUCCUAGUACUGUGAUAUUUUUGAUUGGAAAUAAAUCAGAUUUAGACGGUCAACGAGAUGUUACAUAUGAGGAGGCUAAACAGUUUGCUGACGAAAAUGGUUUAAUGUUUGUAGAAGCUAGUGCAAAAACGGGACAGAAUGUAGAAGAAGCUUUUUUGGAAACAGCCAAGAAAAUAUAUCAAAGUAUUCAAGAUGGUCGCUUGGAUUUGAAUGCAGCAGAGUCUGGAGUGCAACACAAACCUGCUUCUCCGGGUCGCCCUCUGGCAGCUCCACCGGCCGCGCGUGAUAAUUGUGCUUGUUAA